AUGUCGUCGUCGUCGUCGAAGAAGCAAACCCUCUUCAUAUCGACCCUAAUCAUCUCAUGGUAUUCAUCAAACAUCGGUGUUCUUCUCCUCAACAAGUUCCUCCUCUCCAAUUACGGCUUCAAAUUCCCGAUUUUCCUCACAAUGUGUCACAUGUCCGCUUGCGCUAUCCUCAGCUACAUCUCCAUCGUCUUCCUCAAGCUCGUCCCUCUCCAAUCCCUCAAGUCUCGAUCCCAAUUCCUCAAGGUCGCCACUCUCAGCAUCGUCUUCUGCGCCUCCGUCGUCGGCGGCAACAUUUCCCUCCGUUACCUCCCCGUCUCCUUCAACCAAGCCGUCGGUGCCACCACCCCGUUUUUCACCGCUCUCUUCGCUUACGUCAUGACCCUUAAAAGAGAAGCUUGGGUUACCUAUGGUGCUCUCGUCCCCGUCGUUGCAGGCGUCGUCAUCGCCAGUGGGGGCGAGCCAGGAUUUCACUGGUUUGGUUUCAUUAUGUGCAUUAGUGCUACGGCGGCAAGAGCCUUUAAAUCUGUUCUUCAAGGCAUCUUACUUUCUUCAGAGGGGGAAAAACUGAACUCGAUGAAUUUGAUGUUGUAUAUGUCCCCAAUAGCAGUCAUAGCUCUUCUUCCAGUGACGCUAGUUAUGGAACCAGACGUGAUCAGCUUGACCUUGACGCUUGCUAAACAGCAUCAGUACAUGUGGAUACUUCUUUUGGUUAACUCGGUGAUGGCUUAUUCAGCCAAUUUGUUGAAUUUUCUGGUUACAAAACACACAAGCGCCCUCACUCUCCAGGUUCUUGGGAAUGCUAAAGGAGCAGUUGCAGUGGUGAUUUCGAUCUUGAUUUUUCGAAACCCUGUUACGGUUAUGGGAAUUGGCGGCUACUCCAUUACCGUUCUUGGGGUGGUUGCUUACGGAGAGACAAAACGCAGAUCUAGAUGA